AUGUCGAACGUCAUGAACUCUACGCGUAAAUCAUCCUUAUUGUCACUCUUCAUUAUAUCAAUAUUGAGUUUGAAUAUAUACGGCGCAGAGCCCUUUGCACCUGAACCACGUUCUCAACAUAGUAGUGUUCUCGUAGAUUCAAAGUUAUAUGUGCUAGGUGGUAAACUCAGUGACCAAAGCAUAUCGUCCGAAUUGUUUUAUCUUGACUUGUCCAAAUCCUUUACGACAUCAAAUGUACCAUGGAAGAAUCUUCCUUCCAUUCCGGUUCAAAGUUGCAGCGCGGCGGCAGCUGUCGGAGGCUCCGAUAAUUUAACAAUCUAUCUGUUUGGUGGAAUUAUGAGAGAUCCAACAACUUCAAACCCAAGUUUUAAUGAAUUGGUUUACACUUUUGACACUAAUUCACAGACAUGGGGCACUCCUCUUUUUUAUAAUGAUCAGCCUUCAAGAAGAUAUGCCAUGUCCGCUGAAGUUACCAAAGAUGAAAAAAUAUUCAUUUAUGGAGGGAUGUCAGAUUCGUUAGUGGGAAGCAACACAACCACAUAUUACCAAGAAAUGGUCAUGUUUAAUACCGUAAAUUCCAACGGCAUGAAAUCUUUAUGGACGGUGAACUCAUCCAGUCUGGGUUCACCGCCAGGUAGAAUUUACUAUUCUGCCACAAUCCUCUCAGACGGAACCAUAUAUUAUAUCGGCGGACUUGAAAAAUCGGGUGUAGCGAACAUCAAUGAGAUUUGGAUUUAUAAUACCACAAAUGCAAGUUGGAAUUCUCAGGCAAGUUUUCCACAGAAAAUGGUUAGAAAAAAACUUGACAAAAACAUUAGAAAUAAUUCCUUCAAUUUAAUGCAGAAUGCUUCUGGGAUAAACGUUGCAAAUAGAUAUGCGCAUACUGCUGUGGCUACAAUCGACAACGAAAGGAUAAUAAUAUAUGGCGGUACUUCCUCUAAUAAUACGGGCGCUCUUCCAAUUCUUGCUGUUUUAAACGUGUCUAGCCUUGUAUGGUUUGAGCCAUACGUCGAUAGCUCGCUGCCGUCAUUACUUUAUCAUACGGCCGUAAUCAGCGGACACCACAUGAUUUUGAUAUUUGGCAUCACAGCAGGGUCAAAUACUCCUAGUUCUAAUGUCUAUGUCAUCGAUACUGAUAAUAAUUACAACCAACCCCGACCAGGAGAUGGUAAUGCGGACCUCCCCAUGCAACGAAUAAGAUUGCCGAACGAUUAUCCGGAGGAAGGAAGCGUCCACCCUAUUCGACAUCAAAAUUUGGACAGAAUCCCGGAAACUCAUAGCGGAAAUCUUCCCCGGGAUCAAGAUCCACCACAGUAUCACCAAUCAUCUGAUAAUACUACAGUUAGCCCUCGACGUAAUAGACCCUUACCACCGAUGUUAACCAAGGCACCUAUUCCUAGAGGGAAUUUUCAUGUUGAUCAGGAAACCUAUGUAUAUUCGCGUAGGCAAAUACAUAUCGCGAACCCAAGCCUACACGACCCUGUCGUGGGUUCAAGCAUGCACGAUCCUGUUGCAGGUUCAAAUUUCCAAGAUGAUGAACUUGCGUAUUAUAGCCCUCAAAAUAAUGUGAAUUAUAGCCCUCAAAACAAUGCGAAUUAUAGCCCUCAAAAUAAUGCGUAUAUACCACGGCCUCCCUAUCGAACGUCCUCCUAUCAACAACAAGCUUAUCAUAACCCCCCAACCGAUUAA